GCAGCAGGGGUGGGCGGGGCCACGGGCAGACCCGCCUCGUUCCCCAGCGUUCCCCGCGGCAGCAGGCACUGACGUGGCCGCCGUCAGAGCCGCCAUCUUGUGGGAGCGAAACCAACGCCUGGCUGGGAGCAGUAGCCUCGCCGCGGCCGCCGAGGGUUUCUCUGGCCAGUGUUGCUCCCCCCAGUCUACAGCAUGGGAAAUAUCUUCGCAAACCUCUUCAAGGGCCUUUUUGGCAAAAAAGAGAUGCGCAUUCUCAUGGUGGGCCUGGAUGCUGCAGGGAAGACCACCAUCCUGUACAAACUGAAGCUGGGUGAGAUUGUGACCACCAUUCCCACCAUAGGCUUUAACGUGGAGACAGUGGAGUACAAGAACAUCAGCUUCACCGUGUGGGACGUGGGCGGCCAGGACAAGAUCCGGCCCCUGUGGCGCCACUACUUCCAGAACACACAAGGCCUCAUCUUCGUGGUGGACAGCAACGACAGAGAGCGCGUGAACGAGGCCCGUGAGGAGCUCAUGAGGAUGCUGGCGGAGGACGAGCUCAGGGAUGCCGUCCUGCUGGUGUUCGCCAACAAGCAGGACCUCCCGAACGCCAUGAAUGCAGCCGAGAUCACGGACAAGCUGGGCCUGCACUCGCUGCGCCACAGGAACUGGUACAUUCAGGCCACCUGUGCCACCAGCGGGGAUGGGCUCUAUGAGGGACUGGACUGGCUGUCCAAUCAGCUCCGGAACCAGAAGUGAGCCGCGCCCCCUCCCCCCCACUCCCUCCUUCCACCCUGCUUUACUCUCAUGUGGUGUGAGUGCCAGAAGCUGUCUCCAUGGUCGGUCACAGUGUGCUUCACCAUGCUGUAAAUGUGCAGACGCAGCCUGCAGCCGGGUUUUUAUUUAAUGUAAAUAGUUUCUGUUCCCAACGAGGCAGUUUCUGGUACUCCUAUGCAAUAUUACUCAGCUUUUUUUAUUGUAAAAAGAAUCAGCCCACUGUUCAGUACUGAGAAGGGAUUUUAGGCUCACGGGGCCCCCAGGAGUUGCUGUCAGGGCCAGCCUGGCGCUCGCUUCUCCUAUGGGCGUUAGGUCUGUGUUGGACUCGAUUUUGGUGGUUGGUUUUUAACCCGAACUCAGUGCAUUUUUAAAACAGAUAAAAACACAAGGCAAGGAGAACACUUGAACACACGGAAGGGAGAAACGUGCCUGGUUAGGUUCUGCGGUAAAGGGCUGGCGUCUGGUCCACCGGUGAUCCGUUUCCUGUCGGGAACGUGACGGGGCAGAGCCGGCCAUGGUCUAUCCUGCAUGGUCACGACAGGGUCCCCGUGAUUUGCUGUCUCCGGUGGUCCUGCCUCCCCUAGCGUUUGUCCUCGCACCUGUGCCCACAUGGCCGCCCAGGGGGGAUGGGCUGGGGGCUGCGGCCACCACUCCCAGGGCCCUCAGGGGGACCCCCGGAGCCCCCGUCCACAUGUGCUUUCACUCCCUCAGCCUGCAAGGGUCAGGUUUGCCACCGAAACGACGACGUCUACUUUUUUCUUUCGUAUUUUGAUAAACACUGAAGAAGCUGGAGCCGUUCAACUUUAUCUUGGGGAAAUCCUCAGAACUGGUUUAUUUGGUGUCGUGGAACCUCUUACUGCUUUCAAUACACAAUUAGUAAUCAACUGUUUUGUAUACUUGUUUUCAGUUUUCAUUUCGACAAACAAGCACUGUAAUUAUAGCUACUAGAAUAAAGUCUCUUAACUAGU